AAAUUACAUGCAUCUACUGCCAACCAUCUUUCAAAAAGCAAAGGGGAAUUAUCCAUUGCUUUGGAAAAAGACAAGGAAGAAUGCUUUGCUUGCUGUGAGAAGCAACGCACCCAGCAAGCAAAACGUACAGGGAGGAAGCCAGGAAGCAAGCAAGGAACCAUAGGUUGUGCGGAGAAAGGAACAUAGCUGCCUACUGCCAGUGUGCCUCACAACAGUUAACACUGCACUCGCAAGCCUGCUGCCCUCCGCCUCGCGAUUGCAUUUCCUGCCCGCUCCUUUGAUGGGUUACAUCUGAGGGCGUGUACACAUCAAUGGAAUGAUGGGUUAGAUCGAUGCGCCUUCCUUCCUUUAAUUAAUUCCUCCAUGGCCUUUGAAGUUUGGACAGACAGCAGAAGGAUUCUUCUCCACGGGAACUGAAACAGGUGUUGAUCGAACCAGCGGGUUCAUGGGUUAGAUCGGCGUUCGUGCGCGCAUUUCCUGUCUGUUGUUGGUCUUCGAAUAAGGCAACAGGGAUUUCAUCAUGGAAAAUUGGUAUAUCGAAGCAAGAGACGUUCAUGGCGCCAGAGAGGAGAUAUUUGAAUGUAUUCGGCAGAAGAGUGACAAAAAGGUCAUCUAUUUUAAUGGUUGGGGUGGCUUGGGGGCGGCCCCUGUUCUCAGAUCCAUAGAACAAGAACUUCGGUCAAUCAAAGCUAAGAAAAAUCCUUCAAGACUAUGCUUUGACACAAUAAUUUACAUAGAUUGCUCAGCAUGGGAAAGUACAAGGGUGAUGCAGAGGAAAAUCGCAGAGGAGCUAAAACUAGGCCCUGAAACAGUGAUGGCCACGUUUGACAAGCAGGAUGAAGUGGAUGACCUCAAGGGCGUGGACCUUGGCUCUAGGGAUGUGAUACCUAGUGUUUCUCAAGUGAUUAACCAAACCCUGGUUAAUAGAAAAUUAGUGAUGCUUUUCCUUAAUGGAAGUGAUGAUGAGGUUGAUGUACGUAAGUUUGGCAUUAUUCCUGACUAUUGCAACCACGUAAUAGUAUGGACAUUCAAAAGACGGUCUUUGACUAUACAUGAUCAGCGUGAGGUAGCAAUAAAGCUAAGAUACACCCACUUUUUUAUCUCUAGUAUGUCGUCCCAACUAUUACAAACUUCAGAUGUUCAUGCACUGCUGCGUGAAGAAGCAGCUAACAUAGUUGCUCGCCACCCAUGGAUGCAAGGCGUCGACCCAACAAUGGUAAUGAAGUGUUGCCUGUACGAGUUGUUCUUGCAGUAUAGUUUUCACAGGGCCACAGGAUUUGAUUGGGUGGCUCAUGCUCCAAACUACUGGAUGUGUGAUGGGAUAAUUAAGGGAAAUGGAACAAGGGAGAUUACUGAUGCAUUGCAUCAUGAAAUACAUUGGGUGUGCAAUAAUGCUUCUCUGCUUGACAAAGUGUUUGAAAAACUCAUGAAAGACCCGGAGGCUCCAUUUUUGGUGGUCAAGAAGGAUGGUAUUUCUUUCUCUAGAGAGAGCCCAUGUUGUCGUUGGGUUUGUAUGACCUCAAAGAAUCUGACAAUACAAGAAGAUACAAAAGCUAUAUUGGAAAGGGCAUCGUCUUUAUUCGUAGCACUUGACAAGUCUGAGAACCCACAAGACUCACCAAAUGUGUUUCUUAAACACUGCUGCAACCUUGGCGUGCUAAUUCUCUCUCAUUGCAGCUUCAGUUUUAUGUCACCUCCUUUCCUCCAGUGUGAGGGAUUGAGAUUCCUCGGAUUGGAUCACUGCACACAUGACAACAGAAGUGAAGGUGCAGGGAACAAUGCAAAUUGGGUGUGUCUACAAAGCCUAUGGGUGCUUGACUUACGUUACACAGAAUGGGAUGCUAUCGUAUCUGAAGAAAAUAUGGAUAUCAUGACUAACCUCAGGGAGCUAAAUAUUGAGGGAUUCAUGUGUUGGCAGUUAAUAAGUGGUAGAUUACAGGGAAGGUUGCGUUACCUCCAAAAGCUCCGGAUAAUCAAACCCACUCAUAAAGCAGAGACGCCAUCAAUAGCUUGCUACAACCCAUUGGUGGACAAAACAGAUCUGGAAAUACUUGAUUUGUCUGGUAACAGAGACAUGGAAAAUCUGCCAGCAAACUUAUCAAUGGCAAAGAGCCUCCAGAUGCUUAUCCUUGAUGGUUGCGACGGGCUAAAGAAUGUUGCUGUGCCAGACGGGCUCCCCUCUUCCCUAAGGUCAUUUAGUUUUGAUGGAUAUGGACCGGCGACCAAAUGGACGUCAUCCUUUAAGCUGCCCCAAGAAUUUUCCGAACCGGAGCAGCCGCAUGAUGCAUAUAAAAGGGAUGCCAAAACCUCCAAGAUAUCCCUACAAGCCUGCACGCAAUUGGAGAAUUUGUUUGUACGCGGACUACCUAAUCUUGUGGAGCUAGACCUCUCAGGAAGUGAAAUUAAGGUACUUGACCUCAAAACUAUGGUGGUAGAUGUCCCAGAACUCAAGCGGCUCUUUUUGCUGGGUUGUGAGAACCUCCGUGCAAUAAUUUGGGGAUCAUAUGAUUCAAUGAAACGGCUAAAGCUGGAAGUGGUGUGCAUAGACACACGAGCUAAGAGGACACCUGGACUUACUCGGCCGUCCCUUGCCCAGCAUAAGCAUUUCCACUUGCAGUUGCAUGCUGUUCUCGCAGACGCGAGGCUCGGCAGGUCCUUGUGUCACCUGGUGGAACAUUAUGUGAAUCAAAGAGGUGACUAUGAGGGCACUCAUUUCAAUAUCCAUGUCACCUCUUCAGUUGAGUACGGUGGGGGUGUUCAACUCGAAGCGACGGUCAAGGAGAAGACUGCAGGACCUAGUAAUAGUCCCCAGCACCAUGUUCUAGCGAGUCCGUAUGGUGAUGUAACCACCGAGAUCGGCAACAAUAAUGUCCCAAUGCUGGUGUUUCCACAGCCCCCGGCUCAACGGUCAGAUCAUCAUAUUGAGAUUAGUAACGAGAGCCGAAGCUUGGGUAGUGAACUGGUGGCAGAUGUCCCAAUGCUGGCGUUUCCACAGUCCCCUACUUUAGGUGAGCUAACAAGACGGUACGCCGAAUCCCUGCACGUGCAUGAUGCCGCAACCAGCGCUAGCAUGCCCGAGGACUGGCAUCGCCUGAAGUGGUGCCACGUGGAGAGGUGUCCCAACAUGGAUACGAUCUUCCCUGCAGAGGCAAUGGACUAUAAUCAACUACAGACCAUCUGGGCAUCGGAUCUCCAGAUGGCCCGGUGCAUUUGGAGCCAAUGUGUCAGACGCCGCUAUGAUUCCUUCGAAAAGCUGCAGCACCUGCACCUGCGUUCCUGCCCGAGGCUCCAGUUCGCGCUGCCGGUGUGGGUCCCCUCCUUCCCCAACCUGGAGACCCUCCACAUCAUCCGCUGCGGCAACCUCACGCACGUCUACGCGCUGAACAAAAAGUACCCGGAGGAGAUAGUCGCCCACGGCUUACAGUUCCCGAAGCUGACCACCAUCCACCUGCACGACCUGCCCAAGCUGCGACAGAUAUCUGAGGUCAAGAUGCUCGCGCCGGCGCUCGAGACCAUCAGGAUCAGGGGGUGUUUCGGCCUGCGCCGGCUGCCGGCCUUGCAGGGCCGCGAGCCCGGCGUGAGGCGGCCGGCCGUUGAGGUGGAGAAGGACGUGUGGGACGCGCUGGAGUGGGACGGGCUCGCCGCCGGCCACCACCGCAACCUCUUCGAGCCGCCCGUGCACUCGCGCUACUACAGGAGGAGGCGCCUCCUCAGGGGCACCGUCCUCAGGUGAAUCCUGAGCCGUGCGUCCACACUACUGCCGCUGCUACCACGGGAGAUGACCGACUCGUCCGCCCUCUACGGUGGACGCUGGUCGGGCAGGAUUGCAGGCUUGCUGUGAUGAUACUGAUGCUGCUGCUGCAGGCUGCAGCAGCUGCCUUUGGUUGUGUUUGUUGUUGACAAGGGCAGGGGCCUCAGGUUGGCUUCCUGCUUGCGCUGCGCCGUCGAUGGCCGAGUUGGCCUAGCGGUUGCCAAGUGCUUUGGAAUAAAAAUGCCACCGGGCUUUCUGCCUGCGCGCGUGUUGCGCUCAGACGGUCAGACACCGGCCGGCUUGUGUGCUCGAGUCGAGUGUGUGGCUUGCGAUUGGAUCCGAGACAAUGAAGCAGCAGCAGUAGCUGGGUCCGGGUGUGUGCCUGACCACCUGCUGCGUGUGUGUGUGUGUGUGUGUGUUUGAUGUUGUGUGGCUUGAUGAGUGCCUGCUGCUCCGUUCGAAACGGAGUGCCGAGCUAAUAAGCAGCAGCUGCGUGUGUGCUCGCGCACACGCGCCUGUCGUGGAUGCACUGAGUUUGCUUGCUAUGUAAUGUUUGAUGAAUCAAGAGACAGCUGGUUUGUGUGCCUGAUGCUGGCUGCUGUGAUUUGUGAACCAUUUAUUAAGCUUCAAUCUAUGGUGUUUGUGCUGUGUGAAUUA